AGGCGUGGUGUUCGUGCCUCCCGAGCAGAUGGACCCCCGGCCCUUGUUCCAGGCCGUGGACACCUUGUGCCAGGAUAACAUUAAGCACUUUGGAGAGUCUAAAACUGAGGUGGGCUCCCGCUUGGUGCAAGCCUUCUCCCGGAUCCAAGAACAGGCACAUGGAGUUGAACCGGCCCUACGUGCCCUGGCUGCAGUUUGCCCACUUUUUGACCUAGACCCCAACACUCCAGCCAAUGGAUACCGAAGUCUGCUGAAGGUGGUACUCUCCUGUACCCAGCACAUCCUACACAAGUGCCGCUACAUCACAACCAGCCGCCACAGCCUCUUCUUCCGAGCCGCCCACAACUGCGCUGAGCUAGAAGCGUAUGGUGCUGCUCUCACCCAACUCCGAGCCCUGCUCUGUUUUGCACAGCGGCUACUGACUGCCAACCACCAUGGGGAUCUCUUCUUCCGGCAAGAGCGAGGCCUGUCCGAAGAGUUCCUUCGAGAGUACAGCACCAUGCACAAAGGCUGCUUCUAUGGACGCUGUAUGGGGUUUCAGUUCACUCCUUCCAUCCGCCCGUUCCUGCAGACUAUCUCUAUUGGGUUGGUGUCAUUUGGGGAGAAUUACAAGCGUCAUGAAUCUGGAAUAAGUGUAGCCGCUAGCUCCUUCUUCAUAAGUGGAAGGUACGCCAUUGACCCAGAGCUGCGAGGAGCAGAUUAUGAAAGGAUAACACAAAACCUGGAUGUGAACUUCUGGAAGUCUUUUUGGAACAUCACAGAGAUGGAAUUGCUUACGUCUUUGGUUGGAAUAGCCACAACAGUCCGCAUCAACAAGACCCUUUCUGUGCCUCCCGAACUGCUUGAGAUGCCACUCUCCUCUGAUCCUCAGCUCACCGUCCCCAUCAGCCCUCCUGUAGCUCAUUCUGGACCAGGUCCUGUUAAUAUGCGUCUCAUCUCAUACCAGCUGCGUGAAGGCCAGGAGAGCGAGGAACUAAACACCUUCACAAAACCUGAAGGUCCUCUGAGCCUUGACCUUCAUCUCCGAUCUCGCUCAGCCCCUCUCUCUCCAGACCUGAUCAUCCAUUUCCACGGUGGGGGGUUUGUAGCCCAGACCUCAAAGUCGCAUGAGCCUUACCUCAAGAUCUGGGCUCAGGAGCUCGAGGCGCCCAUCCUGUCUGUGGACUACUCUCUUGCCCCAGAGGCUCCUUUUCCAAGGGCUCUUGAAGAAUGUUUCUAUGCCUAUUGCUGGGCUUUGAAACACUGUCAGUUGCUGGGCUCCACAGGUGAAAGGAUCUGUCUGGCUGGUGACAGUGCUGGUGGUAACCUUUGUAUCACCGUGGCACUGCGUGCUGCUUCUGUUGGGGUUAGAUUGCCAGAUGGAAUAAUGGUUGCCUAUCCAGCCACGUUAUUACAGGCCACAGCAUCCCCAUCCCGCCUCCUGACGCUGAUGGACCCUCUGCUGCCACUCAGUGUACUGUCAAAGUGUCUUAGCGCUUAUGCAGGUACAGAACGAGUCUCUGUGGAUGAUCGAGUAGUUGAAAAGCACAGCUCACUGAGUCAAGUGAAACGAGGGACUGCAUUAUUUCUCAGAGAUAUCCGACAAGGAGCGGCAUCCUGGCUGAGUAAUCUAAUGGAAGGGAGCAAGGACAGGGCCAAUACAGGUCAGACUUUCAGCGUAGAGGACACAGUGAGAAAGAGUGUAUCAGAGGCAGCAUUGGCGGAGAGCCUGCUCUUAACCGCAAGGUGUCUUUAAAGAGCAAAACCUGCCAGGAUCUGAACCGCCAUCAGUACAUCGAACAAAACAGUUUUGCGGUUGGAAUUCCAAACCAGAACAAUGGACAGAGCGGAGCCCUGAACAAACACGCAAACAGAGGAGCACAGUCCAAUAACUCCUCUGCAAACGGCCAGCAUUCACCAUCUUCCCUGUCCGUCCAGUCAGAAAGCAGUGAUGUGCUGUCUCCCAGCAGCUCACAGAGACCUGUCAAUUUCUUCUUGACAGGGAGCGAGAGUGAGGGUGACACUUCUUUUGACAGAGAACCUUCUACACACUCUAAAGAGAACAUUCCCCCUGCACACUCCAGUGAGGACGAAUCAUCCCCACAGUCCCCCUCCACUUCUCUUCUGGGCUUUCCAGAUGGAUUUCAGCCUCUGCGCUCUCAAAGUGGUGUGGCUCACAUGACCUUACAGACUUCUGCUAUUGUGCAUAACCCGUACAUGUCCCCGCUGCUGGCUCCUGACAGUAUGCUGCAAGGACUUCCUCCCAUUCACAUUGUGGCCUGUGCGCUGGACCCGAUGUUGGAUGACUCCGUGAUGUUUGCUAAGAGACUCCGUUCUCUCAAUCGGCCAGUCACCCUGCAGGUAGUAGAAGAUCUCCCUCACGGAUUCCUCAGCUUAUCACAGCUGUCACCAGAGACACGAACCGCCACAGCUGUGUGCGUCCAGCGCAUCCGGCAAGUCCUGAGAGAAGAGCCUCCUGCCCCACCUCCUGCUGCUCCCCGCAAACACCGCAAACUGGAGAGGACGCUGGGGGGAAGAGCGCAGUGACCGAUCGAGAGAUUGGAGCCUGA